UAAUUUUUUUUUUUUUAACUGAUAACUUUAUUGUUGCGUUAUGGUCAUUUAUAAAUUAGCUAUAAAUGUUAGUAAUGUCUCAAAUUAAAACUCUCUGUUUGUAGCAUAAUGUGUGCGUGUUCUUGUAAAAUUUAAAAAGGCUUGAUUUAUUAUCUCCAUUUCUCAGUAUGUAUGUGCUCCUUGUUGUUCUCUGUUAAAUUGAUUAACCUUUAAUUUUUUUAUUUUUUUAUUUUUAAAUGACCCUGGAAAAGUAAAAAAAUGCCAAAAACAUGCCCUCAUAUGAAGUCCUGUCUUCACAAUUAGACAUAGAGCUAAAAGGUCAUUUAUUAUAAUGUCUAGAUGUAUGCAAACUGUGAAACUUUUGGCAUUUUUAAAACUAAACUUUCUUCCCCUGCAACAAAGACUCUGAAUUUGUUUUAAGGUCAAUUCAUUUCUUUUUUUAUUAGUAUGAUCCAUAGAAUCUUCAAUUUUCCAUUAUUUGUAUGCUUAAUAUUCUAAAAUCAUCUCUAUGUUAAUGUUGGAACAAUCUAUAAUUUCUAAAAAAUAAAAUUCAAUAAAAAAACUCUCCUCUUUUAAUGGGAUGAAUGCUAAAUCAGUUUUUUGUCUUUUUAUAAGGUUUCCGUAUAUGUGUUGGCUGAUGGUUCAAGUUUUGUAUCCUAAUCACAAGUGUAUGGUAGUUAAAUGUUAAAUCUUAUGGCUUCUUAUGAACACAGUUCAGUUAUCAGUAUGGGUUUUUGUGUGAUUUUUAUAAGCUUUUCAAUUUGCAGUUGGUGGUGGACGAUUUUGUCAACUUAUUGUCUCUAUAUGCUUUAUUUCAAAGCUUUGAGAUAAGAUACCCAAAAAAUAUGUAGAUAAAUGAUCAGUUUAAAAACUAAAUUAAUAAUCAAUCAUCAUACUUGGAAGUUCCAUAUAUUCACUGCUUCUGAUGAAAUAGCAUCCUAAUUAUGAGGCAAAACAUCAACAUCGAAGAGCCAUUGUAGACGAUAUAUUUAAUCUUUUGAUUUCUUAUAUUGUUAUGUAGGUAAAAUUCUUUGACAAUUUUUUUCAAUUGUUCUGUGAAUAUUGCAGGAAAUUUUCUUUUUGAGUAUAUUGAAAUGAGGAAUACAUGUUGGUCUUGUUGAUUAGUUUGGUGGAGCAGAGUUAAAUUUAGCAUUGGCAUCAGUCAACAUUAAUGAAAAAAAUUAAUUAUAGCAUUGGAUUUGGCAUAAUCAAAAGAUUUCUUCAAGCAUGAUUACUGGAGAGCAUCAGAAUCUUUAAAAACGCUUGUUCUGAUGACACUUUCAUCAAUCUCAAAAGCACAUCUAAUUAUCUGCAGAACAAUAAAGUUUGUCGACCCAAAUGGUUUUCUCUUACUCAUCUUGACCAAAAAUCGGUCCCCAACAUCACGGUCUUUUAGAUCCUUCUGCAGCAACAACACUUCCGGCUUGUCUCUUGGGACAGAUCUCCAAAACGCUGCCAAUGGUUUCAUUUCUAUCUUCACAAAACAGCCCUUUUCUCCUGACAAUCCAGAGUUGAAGAACCUUACCCCAGUUCUCAAUACCAAAGUUGUUGAAACCGUGUUAAAUGGCUUGAAGAGUUGGAGAAUAGCUCAGAUAUUCUUCACUUGGGCCUCAAAUCAGUAUGGUUAUAAGCAUAAUUGUUAUACUUAUAAUGCUAUGGCAUCCAUCUUAUCACGUGCUCAACAAAAUGCCCCACUUAGGGCCUUGGCGUUGGAUAUUGUUGACUCUCAUUGUUUGAUGUCUCCCGGAGCUUUGGGUUUCUUUAUAAGGUGUUUGGGUUCUGUGGGAUUGGUUGGUGAGGCUAAUUUUUUGUUUGAUCAGGUUCGGAUAGAGGGUCUAUGUGUUCCAAAUAGUUAUAGCUAUACUUGUUUGUUGGAGGCUCUUUCCAAGUCUAAUUCUAUUGAUUUGUUUGAAAUGAGAUUGAAAGAAAUCAGAGAUUUUGGGUGGGAGUCGGAUAAGUAUGUUUUGACCCCAACGUUGAAGGUUUACUGCAAUGUGGGUAAGUUUGAAAAGGCUCUGGAUGUCUUUAAUGAAAUGUAUGAGAGGGGUUGGGCUGAUGCUCAUUCAUUCAAUAUCUUGAUAUUGUCAUUUAGCAAGUGGGGUGAGGUAGAUAGGGCAUGUGAGUUGAUUGAAAGGAUGGUGGAUCAAAAUAUUGAAAUGAAUGAGAAGACUUUUCAUGUUUUAAUUCAUGGGUUUGUGAGAGAGUCCAGAGUGGAUAAGGCCCUUGAACUGUUUGAUAAAAUGAAGAAGUUGGGUUUUGCUCUUGAUGUUUCCCUUUAUGACGUGCUAAUUGGAGGACUCUGCAAGAACAAUGACCUCGAUAAAGCCUUGUAUUUGUAUUCAGAAAUGAAGGAGCUGGGAAUCCAACCAGAUUUUGGAAUACUUACAAAGCUCAUAUCAUCGUGUUCUGAUGAAGGGAAAAUGAUUCAGAUACUUGAGGAAACACGGAAAGAAAUUGACAAAGAAGCAGUGGUUUUGCUAUACAAUUCUGUUCUGAAUGGUCUUGUGAGUAAGGGUUCAGUUGAUAAAGCUUAUCAACUGCUUCAGUCAAUGAUGGGGAAUGAAUCUAAUGCUUCUUUUGAUGUAGGUAAGCUCCUCAAGGUAGAGGAAAGGGUGCACCCUGUUACAACUUCUUUUAGAAUUGUUAUUGAUGGUUUACUGAAGAAUGGUAACUUAGACAUGGCCUUAAUCCUCUUUGAAGAAAUGAGCCGGAUAGGCUGUAAACCAGACAUCGUUAUCUAUAAUAAUGUCAUUGAUGGACUGUGCAAUGCAAAUAGAUUGGAGGAAAGUUAUAAGCUUCUAGGAGAGAUGGCAGAAUUAGGAUUGGAACCGACACAUUUUACUCAUAAUUCUAUAUAUGGUUGCCUCUGUAGAAGAGGAGACGUUGUAGGAGCACUUGGAUUGGUGAAAAAAAUGCGUUCCUGGGGACAUCAACCUUGGAUAAAGCAUUCCACCUUACUUGUAAAAUUACUGUGCAAUCAUGGAAAGGUGGUUGAAGCAUGUAAUUUCCUUUGUAACAUGGUCGACGAGGGAUUCCUACCUGAUAUAGUUGCAUAUUCUGCAGCUAUUGAUGGCUUAAUAAAGUUUCAAGAAAUUGAUUCUGCUCUGCAUAUGUUCCGAGACAUUUGUGCCCAUGGCUAUAUUCCUGAUGUGGUUGCCUAUAACACAUUAAUAAAGGGGCUUUGUAAAACCAAAAGAAUCUCAGAAGCACAGGAUUGUCUGAAUGAAAUGAUGAUGAAGGGGCUGGUUCCCUCGGUUGUUACCUACAAUCUGCUUAUAGAUGGAUGUUGCAAAACUGGUGAUGUUGAUCAAGCUAUGUCAUUCCUCUCCAGGAUGUUUUGUGAAGAGAGGGAGCCAAAUGUAAUUACUUACACUACAUUAAUAGAUGGGUUAUGUACUGCUGGAAGGUCUACUGAUGCUCUCAUGCUUUGGAAUAGCAUGAGUAGUAAAGGGUGUGCUCCAAACAGGAUAUCUUUUAUGUCUCUUAUUAAUGGUCUUUGCAAGUGUGGGAUGCCUGACACUGCUUUAGUUUAUCUUCGAAACAUGGAACAAAAUGGAAUGAAACCUGAUAUUUAUGUCUACGUAGCAUUACUAAGUGCUUUUCUGUCUGAUUUGAACCUGCCUUCUGCAUUUGAAGUUUUGAACGAGAUGGCUGACAAAGGAAUUAUUCCAGAUCCACUAGAUAAGAAGCAUUCUAUAGUGAGAGAUGCCAUAUCAAAAUUGUUAGAAGAUGACAGAACCUCCUCUAGUGUUAAAUCUCUCAUUGCAAAUGGAAGCAUUCCGACAAUUACUUGCUCAGAUAGUGGGAGUAAAGGUUAGUCCAAGUUCAAUUAUACCAUGUUGAGUCAAUAGAUUUCCUUUUGGUAGGAGAGAUGAAAAUGGAACCAAUAGGAGGGUAUAAUGGAAGUGGAAUAUACUUCACCUUUUGUUUCCUAUCAAACAAGAAGAAAGAUAUAUUAUACUUCACUUUUUCCUUCAUUUUAUUUUCUUCCUUUCAACGUUCUGACUUUAUUAGACAUGUUGUACAAAUUGAAGAGAAAUAUUACAAGUUGAGGGCUGGGAAUAUAUUAGAAGAGAAUUCAGCAUUCAUUUGGCAGAUGAUAUUUAGAAGAAAGCUUUAUUGACUUGUGAUGAAUGGAAUUAAAAAUUGUGUUAAGGAAACUUACCCUUUGUUUGGUGUUGUACUAAAAUUUUAUUUUCUGAUUUUAAAAACAACAAAUUGUCAGUGUCUUUUGGCAAUUAACUUAAAAGAUAUUUUUUUGUAUUUUAAAAUAAAAGCUGGUCUUACUCACAAAUUAAGAUGUUUGGCCAUUGUUUUUGAGAAUAAAACAAAGUUGAGAAACAGAAAACGGCAAAAAGUUGUUUUGGGUCAUUUUUGAAAACAAUUAAAGAAAAGGAGAGCAGCCGGUUUUGUGUUACCAGUAUAUUUAUACACCAUCCUAUCCUCCACCCUUCCCCUCUCUUUGCUCUUCUCCCUACUGGAUACUGAUCUUUUCAAUGGUUUCCUCUCCAUUUGCUGCAUCAAUUUUUUUGUGUUAUUUUUUCUUCUUUUUUGUUCUGGCUGAGAAUUCGGGUUUCUAAAGACGAACCAAGCAAUUAGGAAAAAAGAGCUAGCAGCUAGGUUGUUCUCUCCAAUAGAGGUAAACAUACUCACAUGUUCUAUCUUCUUUUCUAUUUUUAGUUGUUUGCUAAAAAAAUUUGUUUUCUUAUUGAUGGGUUUUUUCUGAAUUAGGCAGUUGAUAUAUAAUUAUCUGUUUGUUUGUUCAUUGAGUUUUGCUCGUUGAUGAAUAAGUUUGAUCUGAUAUUUUAUAAUGUAUUGUUGAAUCUUCAAUUUAUUGGGGUUUUGGAAUUUGGUUACCCUGUAUAAGUUUUCUAAAAAGGAUAUGCUGAAUGAAUUGGAAUAUGGGCUUUUCCCAGAUCGACCUCAGCCUAUUCCUUAUGUACCAGCUUAUUUAGAUUAGGAUUUUUCUAGGGCUUUCACAUCUUGGGUAGAACAAUGGGGUCUUGUUGCGUGAGAAAUGCAUAGAGUGUGUAAGAAUAUAGUUAGUACCAUGGACUGGCAUGCUUGGUUGAAGUGGGAAAAAGAAAAGCAACCUAGUCUGCUUUUCUUCCUCCCUUUUAUAUCAACUUGAUGAAUGAAUACUGUUGUUUAGUAAUAUAUCUCUCUUGUAAUUAUUUGUAAUAUCAUUUUCCUUUUUCCUAUUUCUGGCUCCUUCAAAUUUGGACUAUUAUGUAUCAGUACAUUGGUUUUGGUUGUUGCUAAAAUUUUUAGUCAUUUAUUUAUCUAAAGGGAGACUGAAAGGGUAGCAUAAAUAUAUAGACUAGGCAGAUUGAGCUUUGCUUAUAUUUUAAUAUGCAUGGUGUUACAAAUGGUUGCUUGCCUAUACCUUGCCAUUUCCAGCCCCUCUCUAGUCUAAACAUCUUCCCAUAUGACUUUGAGAGGGUUAAGAAUCUUUUUUGGGCAUGUCCAGAUUCAGGUAGUGUUAACGAAUUAGUGCUUGUGCAUGAAAUGGGUAUUCCAAGGCCCAUUUUUCAAAACAAAGCACAAUGGAAUGAAAUUAGUUUUAUAGAAGCACAGUGGGUCUUUCAAUUAGCAUUAGUGCUAAAAAAUUACUUGCAUGAAAUUAGUGUUUGUACACAAUGGCUACGCUCUAAUUCAGCAUACCUAAUGCAGCAUCUGCAUCUUCACAGAUAUAAAACGAAGCAUUAACUUAUCCCUGUACUUUCUCUACUCAGCCAUGGACAUGUGUUAGCUGGCUGGAGGUUUUAUCAUACAAGUACCCUGAUCCCAAUUGUAUAUGGCCAUUAAAAAGAUUUAUAGCAAUAGAGUUUAUGUCUGAGCUAAAUUUGCCCAAUGCUGUACAUUCAAUGAAAUUCACCCAAUGAUUUACAUUCAAUGAAAUUCACCUAAGGUUAGUACUUUGUCACAAGCAUGUCUAUAGAAGAUAAUAAAUCACUAUACUUUAGAAAAUAUAAGAGAUGCAUGAGUUUAAUUUGGCAAAGUUUUUAGCGAAAUAUAAGGACACCAGGCACAGGCAACUCUCUUUUUCUCACACUCACUGAACAAUGGCAUAGAGAGCUGAAAUUAUGAUUCCGAUAAUUUCAAAAUUAGUAUAUAUAUAUAUAUAUAUAUUUUUUUUUUAUAGCUCUGAAUCUAAAGAUGUGAAGCUAAAAUAACUGAGUGCACCCUUUUUCUUUUUCUUUUUUUAUUUCCCUUUUGAAUUUCUGAGCGAAUACAGCAUUAGGACUAGUUUUCUUGUUUGUCGAAAUCUCCUUGAUUUGUGUUAUAUGGUGAUCUAUAAAAAGAGCUUAUAAAUUUGUACAUUGCAGGUUCAGUUGGUGAUUCUUUAAAUAUCAACAUUUUUUACAGAGCUUAUAAAUUUUUGCUUUGAAUUUGCAUUCUAUCAUUAUGCGUAUGCAUGUAUGUAUUUUCUUUCUUAUGUGACGUUCAGAAAAAAGUUUCAAAGGUCUGGUUUUGUUUCAGGUUGAGGUACUCUUCUCAUUGAUGAAUAAUGGGACUAUUAUUGAUGCACAUUUGGUAAAUCAGCAGUGAUUUCAAGGCUCUUGAAAGUUCUGGUUUUCAAAUUACUGAUACUUGGAAGUACUUGUUCAUAAAGCAUCUUAACUGUUUUAGGUUAGAAAUUAAAGUACCUUGUAUGUAUCUCCAUUUGGUAUUUUUUCUAUUGAAAUUUGUCUUAAAGUUGUAGUUAACCCUCAAAUAUUUCAUAUAUUAAAUCAACAAAUUAUGUAGAAUUCACAUCUUUAA